AACGUCAAAAAUUAAUAUCAUCCAGCAUUGUUUACAUCACGUAUAUUUUUACGCUUACAUCGCGUAUGGAUUUGUUUCUUAAAUUCUGGAAAUUUUGAGCAUUUAUUAUUAAAUUGUAUACAGAAAGAUCGGUUCCCAAAUUACAUAUAUUGAGCACCGGCAAUGGUUGGACGAACCACUCUCGUGGCGCUGUUUAUUGGUGCACUAAAUCUCACAUAUGCAGCGACGACUCAUAAGCACGGUCACAAUACGGUCAGCACCGGAUCCAAAGAACGACUAGAAGAUGGAAGUUUUGCCCCCCGGGAUGCGCAUCAUAUAGACGGCGACGAACACCACUCGGAAUUCGACCAUGAGGCAAUUUUGGGAAGCGUCAAAGAGGCAGAAGAAUUUGAUACUUUAUCCCCGGAGGAAUCGAAACGGAGACUAGCUCAACUGGUUAUCAAAAUGGAUUUGAAUUCGGAUGGCUUCGUUGACCGGCACGAGCUAAAAGCAUGGAUACUGCGCUCGUUUAAGAGUCUGCUGGAGGAGGAAUCUGCCGAUCGGUUCGAAGAUGUGGAUCAGAACGCCGACGAUGUUAUAACGUGGCAGGAGUACUAUGCCGAUACAUACGGUAUGGAUAGUGAAGAUGAGGAGACAGACAAACCAGUCAUAAUGGACGCAAGUAAAGAAGAGGAGAAGAAACUGAUUACCGACGAUAAAGAGAUGUUUGAAGCUGCGGAUAGCAAUCACGACGGGAGGCUGGAUCCAAGCGAGUUUGUGCUGUUCAUGUCACCGGAAGAGUUUCCGCAAAUGUUUUCUGUCGUACUGAAGCAAACAUUGCGCAACAAAGAUACCAAUCUCGACGGGAAGAUUGACUUUCAGGAGUAUGCUGCGGAGCACUCGCGCGGUCACGAUAAGGAGUGGCUGAUCACGGAAAAGGAUCGUUUUGAUAACGAUUUCGACAAGGAUGGUGAUGGAUACUUGAAUGGGAACGAAAUUCUCUCCUGGAUUCUACCCAGUAACGAGGAAGUCGCUGAGGAUGAGGUGGCACACCUUUUUGCAUCUUCCGACGAAGAUCACGAUGAUCGCCUUUCAUAUGAAGAAAUCAUUGAUAAGUACGACGUUUUUGUUGGCAGUGAAGCUACCGACUACGGCGAUCACUUGCAGAAUAUUCACCACUUUGACGAUGAACUGUAAGCUGAGAAUAACUUCUUGAUGUCUUCGAGUUUCGGAUGUUGAGCUAAUCUUUUAUCAAUAUCAUAUUCAGUCUAAUUAUUUAAUGAAGUCUAGAAAUCCCACACUAAUUUAUUUACGAAGUCAACCAAAAUUGAAUUGCCAUAUUUAUAGGAAUAUAUGCUUAAAAGUCAUAGCACAAAAUCGUCAAAUUUUAACAUAAGACACAUCAAUUCCCUAUAAUCUAUUUUAUUAAUUUAUUGUAUUAUUGGUCGUUAUCGUGACAUGUUGCUAACCAUAUUGCAUUUAUAAAAUUUGUAUUAAUUUUA